GAGUAAAGUAUCCAGUUGUCGUCCAUUAAUCAAAAGCCACAGAACAGGAUGUAAAGUGAAGUGGCCAUGAGAAAAUGAGUGAGAUAAUGAUUCUCUCUUUAUACAUCUAGUAUAUAUAAAUAUAUACUGUAUAUUGGUGGAAUAGUAAAAAAUGAAUAGAAGAAGUAUAAGAGGAGGGAUAUGUAUCUUUAUAGUUGAAAAUGUGUAUGUUUAUAUGUGAAAUUUAAGCGAUAAUUCACAUUUGUUAUAAGUAUAUGGAAAUAAUAAUAAUAAUAAAUUAAGUAAUUGCGUAAACGUUUACACCUUCUACUUGAACUUAAUACUUUAUUAAAGAAAACGUUCGAUAAGCCUCAGUGAAAGAAUAACGUAGACGAAAAGAUUAAAGACGGGGCCCUAUCCAAUUAAUCGAUCACCAUAUCAACACUAAACAAGGCUUAUUUAUUUCACCCUCAUAGUUAAAUACUUAACUUAUUGGGAUAUUGGUUGGCAAAGAUCUGUGCCUUAUCCUUUCCGCUUUCCAGCAUUUUUUUUAUUACUCUUCCGUGAGUAAAAGCGUGACUAGCUCUUACUCAUACUACCGCCAAUCAGCGUUCACCGAAGUAUUCGCCUCUGCAACACAGCAACGCGAACAUUGAUUGGAAAUGCAAGAGUUGGAACAUUUUCCCUCCUUCGAACAAAGACGAAGUGUAGCUAGAAAUGAAAGAGAAAGGUCACCGGCCCAUUCGGCCCAUGGUAGCCUUAUACGAUCUAGCUUGGUUAAAAGUCAAGAAAAAAGAAUGGCAAAGAAGGUGAGGUUUUAUAGAAAUGGUGAUAAGUACUUUCAUGGAAUGGUUUGGGCUAUCUCCGUUGAACGUUUUCGAACUUGGGAAAGUUUAUUAGCUGAUUUAACUAGAUCUCCAUUAGGAGAUAAGAAUGUUCUACCCAACGGUGUAAGGUACAUUUUUUCUUUGGAUGGUGAGCGAAAGAUUCUAGACCUGGGUCAGUUAAGGGAAGGCGAAAGUUACGUUUGUUCGUCUACGGCCAUUUUCAAGAAUGUUGAAUACGUUUCUAGCAGUAUACCGAGAAAGACAAAUGCAACUCCUAUCAAGACCAGAGUGAACAAUGGUUAUGAUCCGGACGAAGAGUUUAGAGUAAAUAUUAAACCAAAAUUAAUUACGGUGAUAAGAAACGGAUCGAAACCGAGAAGGGCUGUUAGAGUUUUAUUGAAUAAGAAGACUGCUCACAGUUUGGACCAAGUGCUUGGUGAUGUUAACGAGGCUAUAAGGCUCGACUCGGGAGCUGUGAGGAAGAUGUAUACUCUGCAGGGAAAGCAGGUCACGUGCCUUCAAGAUUUAUUUUGUGAAGAUAGCGUAUUUAUAGCAUAUGGUCUUGAAAAGUAUUGUCUAGACGACUUCGACUUGGAUGACAAAGAAGUGAAGUUCGUUAGCGCCUAUAAGACGGUUAGGCAAAGGGAAAGAGUUACGUUGAAGUCGCCUAAGCCUUCCAGAAGACAAAUAAGAAGCGUUGCUGAUGUUAUUCAAACAACAACAGUGCCAAAUAGAAGACCAAUAAAUGGUACUAAUGGUGUAAACGGUACUAAUGGAACACAUGGUCCGAAUGGAACGAAUGGAACGAAUGGCCACAACCGUACAAAUGGUUUUAACCAUAACAACAAGGUGGAUGAAAUCCCACCACAAGACUUGUUGUUUAGAUAUAAGAUCGGUAAACGGAUUGGUCAAGGAAAUUACGCAAUCGUUAAAGAAUGCACCGAUAAGAAGACAACAAAGCUUUGCGCGUUGAAAAUUAUUUCAAAGAAGGCUUGUAGAGGUCAAGAGAGUAUGCUUGAGAAUGAAGUGAACAUUUUAAGAAGAAUUCAGCAUUCGAACGUAGUUCAAUUGAUAGACGAGUUUACAACAGACAAAGCGCUAUAUUUAAUCUCUGAAUUAAUUACUGGCGGAGAUCUAUUCGACGCUAUAUCAUCUGCUAAAAAGUAUACAGAAAGAGACGCUAGCGGCAUGCUGUUCAACUUAUGCAGCGCAUUACACUAUUUGCAUUCGCAUUCGAUCGUCCAUAGGGACGUGAAACCUGAGAAUCUUUUUGUGAACGAUUUGCAGGACGGCACUAAGAUAAUAAAACUUGGCGAUUUUGGGUUAGCAACAGAGGUCAAGGACAAACUCUAUGCCGUAUGUGGUACUCCAACUUACGUUGCUCCAGAAAUUCUAGAUGAAACUGGUUACGGAACAAAAGUAGAUAUCUGGUCAGCCGGUGUUAUUACUUAUAUACUACUUUGUGGAUUUCCACCAUUUUCUAGCACAACAAAUAGCAACGAGGAGCUAUUCGAGAAGAUCAUGAAAGGAGAAUUUCAAUUUCAGUCGCCAUAUUGGGACGGAAUAUCUAAUUCUGCAAAAGAAUUGAUUACCUCAAUGAUUGAUUUAAAUGAAAGUAAGCGUUAUACAGCAAUGAACGUACUCAAUCAUGCUUGGGUUUUGGAGGAUACCGCAUUUAAUAAUGAUUUAAACAUCAAAUCGAAAUUAAAUGAGACUAUUGCAAAUUAUAAGAUGAAACCAAAGAAUGGAGCUGAUUCUAUUGCUACUGUGGCUCUAGAUAAGAAAUCUUGCUUUUUUGAAAGUCCUAAACAUUUGAAGCUUACACAUUACGAAAAUGGCGUUCAAGACGAAAUGUUUUAAAACAAAUUAAGUUAAACCGAGUUAAUCUUAUUGAUUAGAGUUAAUCUUAUUACAUAUAUGUUUAUUAAUUAUAUAUUCAGUAUUUAUACAUAUAUAAUUUUUUUUUAUAUUCUUUUCUAUAUAAUCCUUCGCUUUGGCCUGAUUCGAAUGGUGCCAUGCAUGCCGUGUUAAGUAGAUAAAAUGCUUUUAAUCAGUUGUAUUAUGAAUGUAUGUAUAUACUAUAUAUCAGUUUAUAUCUAUGCAUAAAUUUACAUAAUUUUAAAUACUAUAUUAUUUUAAUUAACUAUGCAAAAAAGUUCAAACAUAUUAC